CUUUAACCUUCGUUUCCUUGCUGCUUUUUGAAUCUUUCCCCGCAGCUGUUGAGUCAUGAUUGAAAUUUCUAUCCUGCCUUGUCCUGUUUCCUUAAGCUACACAGCGCGAGUAGACGCAGUCUGAUUGCAACGUGAGGCUGAGCGACAAGCUCGACGACGACGUUAUUCGACAUACAUUCUUUUAACACACCAUCCAUCUAUACUCAUUCGCCUUUCAUUUUCCCCUUCAAAAAGAAAUGGCGCCACUCUCGUCAAACAAGUAUCGAUCAUCCCCCGGAAGGCCACCGAAGAACCAAUCUAAAGCGGCGCUGAAGGGCACUCAGAAUUCAACCGCUGAAGGACCACCCCUCAAGAAGCGGAAGUACGUCCCUGGUGGACCCGGGGGUGGAGGCAGAUACAUUGAACUUGAUGUGAGAGAGACAAAGCCGCCUAAACCGCCUAAACCGGCGAAACCAGCCAAACCGUCGCUGGUUGGUCGCAACUCCACCCCCCGAACACGCCCUGCACGAGAAGAACCUCAACCCAUGCAGCUCCCUCCACAACCACCUCCUGUCCCAAAAACACCACCACCACCACCACCACCCGCUCGUCUGACAAGAGAUAAAAGCCAAAGCCGUGGCGGUCGUUUUGGCUCCUCGACAGCUGCUGCUCUCGCUUUACAACAUGGCGAUCCUUAUAAACCACGGGAAGAGCGAGGAUGGGAGGAGUUCCACCCGGAACUAGAUAUUGAAACGAAGUUUGUGGUUUUUCCUGCCGAGGAGGUAGAUAGGCCAGCUCCAUCCGCGCAUGUAGCCCAUAUCUUGUCGCCGAAUGGUCUUGACCUCAGCAACGACAAAGACCCAUUAGCUGAACUGAUCCGUGCACACGCGAACGGCACGUCCCCGACACCUAUCAAGCGCCGGCCAGGACGCCCUCCCCGUCGCCCUGAGGCCAUUUUGAAUGCUCUCGGCAUUACGCCGCAGCCGAAAAACGUCCCGCCUCCCGGUCCAAACCCACACGAGAGGCUGACGCUUCCUAAACCCUCAUUUCGGCUGCGGGAUCCAUUCGUUUUUUACGAUCAACCUGGUGUGGGCCAACAAAAUUACGUUGACCGUACAAUGGCAAGCGUGGGAUACCAGGAGAGUGACCUCUUCCUUCGCCACGAUCGUCGGUUGAUCCGAAUAACCGAGGCGCCGCAGGAAGAUGAUCUCGAUGCCGUGAAUCCCGUGGGGACUGAGGAAGAGCCAAACACAUCUGUUGGAAGAGUAGAAUAUGACAUGGAUGAGCAAGACGAAAAGUGGCUGGAGGACUACAAUGCAAAGCGAAGAGAAGACCAACUAGAGCCUAUUAAACCUGCUGUCUUCGAAAUUACCCUGACGAAGAUAGAAAAAGAAUGGCAUGCUCUUGAAAAACGUAUACCAAAGCCAAACCCGAAACCUCCCCAGACACAACGGCCUCGAUCAAGCUCUGCCGCUGCAGUGAAUGGCGAAACCGCUGGGCCCGGAGAGGAUCAGGACAGCAAAUGUGCGAUUUGCGAUGAUGGCGAUUGCGAGAAUUCUAAUGCAAUUGUCUUCUGUGACGGGUGCGAUUUGGCGGUGCAUCAAGAAUGUUACGGCGUUCCAUUCAUUCCCGAGGGUCAAUGGUUGUGUCGUAAGUGCCAACUGGUUGGGAGGGGUUCCGUCAAUUGCAUCUUCUGCCCUAACACCGAAGGCGCCUUCAAGCAGACUACUACUUCGAAGUGGUCUCAUUUGCUUUGCGCUAUAUGGAUUCCCGAAGUGUCUAUUGGCAAUCCAUCCCUGAUGGAACCAAUCACCGACGUUGAAAAGGUACCCAGGAGCCGUUGGAAACUUCAUUGCUAUAUCUGCCGUCAAAGAAUGGGUGCGUCGAUCCAGUGCAGCAACAAAAAUUGUUUCGUCGCGUUCCACGUAACUUGUGCCAGAAGGGCUCAGCUCUACCUGAAGAUGAAGUCCGGCCACGGGUCCCCCGCAGUCAUGGACACUCACCUUCUGAAGGCAUUCUGCGACAAACAUGUGCCGCUUGAGUGGCGUCGAGAACAUGGUACGGACGCUGCUACGGUCGAAGCUAUGGAGUACUAUCGUAAUACCAUGCUAGGCCGACGGUGGGGCGAUAGUCAAGCUGCCGCACUGGCGCUGGAGCCUUCACAUCCUCUCGGGUGCGAGCAUGGUGACGAGGAUUUACAGCGGACUCAUACCCCCCGCAUCACUCUUACGGUUGGUGGGAAUAAGCGGAAACGACCUACUGUACCCAAAACGAUCUGGAAACUACCUUCGGGCGCUCCUGUCGUACCCCACGUUGUUCUAAACUCCGUUGCAGCUUCUCUUCAGCGCUUUGGUGUGCGUCAGAGAAAGCAGUAUGCUGAGGAUGCGUGCAAGUACUGGACACUCAAACGGGAGGCGAGGCGAGGAGCCGCAUUGCUGAAGCGCCUGCAAUUACAGUUGGAGACCUUUUCGUCCAUGGAGAUGACAAGGAGAGAUUACGUUGCCAUGGGAGCGGCUGGAGGUAAACGCCUUCAACGACGCAUUGAAUUCGGGGAACGGUUAUAUCACGAUCUCGACCGCCUGAGAAUGUUGUGCGACGAAGUCAAGAAACGGGAGAGGGAGAAAUUGAAGGAUGCCGAGACCCUUCGAACCAUUGUUGACACUGUCUACUUUCCUAUAUUCCCCUUGCUUUGGCCUAUUUAUGAAAAGGCCCAAGGGCUUGACGGAAAGGGCAUCUUUAGACAAGGGUUGCUGUCGAUACGCACCAAACUGGAUGAGCGCCAAUACACAUCUGUUUCCACCUUCUCCGCUGAUCUUGCCCGCGUGUUCACCUCAGAAAUCGGGGUCCAGCCCGCAGGGGACACCGCUGAACUCCAAAUGCAAAUCAGCGGUCGUGCUCCAGAGCUCAGCCUGGAGCAGCGCGAGAAGAGAAAGCUAGCUAAGCGCAUUAUCAAAUUCAUCCAGCCCGCCCUGGAGGAAGCGAUCAAGAAGGAGAGCGAGUUGAACCGGAAGCCCUUCGAACAGGAGCUCAAGGAAUUGGAUCUUAUGCUUGAGAAUAGCGUCAUGUCGCGGAGAGGCUCACAAGCCGAGUCGCCCCCGGCUGGCGACGAGGUGCCGGAGACACCCGAUGUUCCCACUGACAUUGAUCAGAAGGUCAAUGGGGAUGUGGAGGUAGCUGCCAAAUCGGAGCCUCUCGACGGCGCCGAGGUCACUGCUACGCCCCAACAGUCAGUCGACGUCGACGUGACAGAUGCAGAUCAGGCCCCUCCUCCAAACAGUGUUACAGUGUCUCAAACUCAGGAAACUCCCCAAGUUCGCUCAUCCACUCCGACGGCGGAGCAUGAGACUGGUAAGCAAGAAGAUAAGGCGUCUGAAGAUGCACCAUCCACUGCUAUCGAAACGCAUCCAGCUCCCAAUGGAGUAGCUACCAACCCUGAGGAGAGCAAUUCAGGGCCCACCGAGCAGCCUGUUCAGUCACGAAAAGAGCCAUUAACGCCUCCUCCAAGUUUCAAGGGUGACCAACAGCUUCCUUUGACCCAAGGUGGCAUCCAGUGGUAUAUGCAACCAUUCGAUCCCGUGGGCACCACUAUCCAUGAAGAACGAUGGACCGGGCGGGACGUCAUGCGCGGGAUGAGUGAGGAACUCAGUGAGCUUGACGAGGAGGAAUUAAAAGACUUGGUCGAUGAUGAACUCGAAGUGGAGAUGAACCCUACCGCUGAUGGAGAUGGAACAAGCACCAGUGGGCCGGAUACUGCACCGGAACAGGCCGUCAAGGUCCAUCGAACUCGGAGACGCUGGCGUGGAUUUAAAUAAUAGACGGAUUCCCAGCCUGGUUAAGCUUCUCUCUUUAGCCUUUUUUUUU